GCACCCAAAAAUCCUACGAGGAGAAAAAGCCAAUUAGCCCUAGGGUUUUCCUCUUAAACCAAAAAUUCUCCCUAGGGUUUCCGACUUGAUAACAGAGCCAGCCAGGGAGACACGGCCAUUCCAGUUGGUAGAGAAAAACUAGAGAGAGAGAGAGAGAUGAACCAAUGAACCAGUUCCAGCGUUUGCCGAAUGACGUCGUGGUCAUCAUCUUCGACAAGGUGUCCGACAUAAAAUGGCUGUGCAGAUGCUUCGUGGUCUCCAAGCGAUUCUCUUCCCUCGUCCCUCGCGUCCGAACACUCUCCAUCCAAACCAAUGCCUGGGAUUACCUUUCCAUUCCCCGUUCGGACUUCGAAAAGCUCGCUGUCCUGCCUUCUUUGAAUGAUUCUGGCUUCGAGUUCUUGGCGAAGCUGACACAGGUUCGAUCACUGAAUCUCGACCUUGUCUCCGAUUUCAUCGCUAACAACGAUUCUGUUUUCAAAUGGGGUGCCAAACUCACCUCAAAUCUCGACAGCAUCACGUUUCUCUACGCAGCAUCUCUCACUAAAAUGAUGGAUUCAGAAGAAGAAGAAACUGAGAUAACUCAGGAAGAGCUGGUUCCCCCACUAUCUCUAGCCAUUGAGUGCCUAGGAGAGGCAAUCUUGUGGUUAGGAAUCUUGUCUCUUGAUAUCCCGAAACACCCAAUGCUUCAGAGCAUUACCAUCACCGAUUCGAUGAACAAAGGGGUGAGGCUCUGUUUGGGUGGUGAAAAGCUUGUGGAGUGCAAAAACGCUUUCAGGAUUGCCGUUGAGCGCCUAAAAGAGGCAGCAUCACGGACGCGGACUGGGUAUGCGCCUGUUUUACGGCUCCCUAUGUCUGGGUAUGUGAUGAAACGGGUGACCAUUGUCCAGUUCAAACUGUACAAUGGUGAUGAUUCUGAAGCCAAUUUGGCCAUGGUGGAUGCGUUUGCGGAAGAACAAGGUGUUUUUUCUGAAGCCAUGGUUCAGAUUCUGAAAAACCACAAGGACAGUAUCAAAAUUUUCCAGAACUUAAAUUGAUGUUAUAUCUGAAAUAUGCCUUUAGUUGCUGUUGUUGUUACUACUUUAAUUUCACUUACCAACUAAGUAGCUUGGCCUGCAAUGCUGUCAGUUCAAUAUAACCGUAAUAGGAGUUUAGUGAUGAAACUAUAUGAACAUGAAUUGUUCUAAAUGUGUCUCCAUUGUUGGAAGAAUCUUUGAAGGAUUAUGCUUUGAUUUAAAGGUUUUUUGAAAUCUUGAAUAUUAAUGGAGGCACCAUCUUGUAUGAU